UUAAUUACUAGUUACUGCUAGUUAUCACUAAUUAUCACUAGUUAAACUAACGUUAUGUUAACUUGUUUACAAGGUAAAAUUUUCAAGUGUUUUUUAUCGUGAAAAGGACUGAUAAAAUGUUUAGUUUUUUGUCGAAUCAUCAUUUAUAAAAGACGAUUUAUUAUAUUAACCAUUUAAAUCAGUGGAUCGCAAUACUUGUUUGUAACAAUUAAGUGAACAUGGAGAAUAAAUCAAACUUAAAUUAGAGAGGCUUUGAAAGUGAAAGUCCAUUUUUUACGUGUCAAUCUGGUCUUUUGGGUGAAUUUUUAUCAUUUAUUGAAUCAUUUUCUUUGGAUACAGUUGAUUCCUUGGAUCAUCUUUACAUUUGAUCUUCAUGGAAAAAGUAACAAGUAAUCAAUCAAUCGUCAAGUUGGACUGUGGUCAUGAUCAAAGUAGCGUUUUUUAUGUUCACAAGUGUUUGAGGACAUUUUGUGAAAAGUGUAAACGAGAAAAUCGGUCGUGUGUCUUGUGUAAAUCUGAACUCGUCGAAACCGAUUAUCUCAAAGCGAUUGACACCCCGGACACCGAUGACCAAACCUGUUCCAAAUGUAACAACUGUAUCGCUGAAUUUGUGGACAAGACAACUAACGAGUUUUUCUGUGCUUCAUGUAAUCAGGAUAAUAACUCAGUUAAUAUUGUGCCCAUUGAACUAGACAAUAACAACAACGAUACCAACAACAUAAAUAUAGCCGAAAAUGUUGAAAUUUAUCGUGUUUAUGUACAAAAACGAUUGGAUCUAUUGAACACAAAACUAAAAGAGUAUAGAAUCGAGAUAGAAAACGAAAGGGCCGAAUUCAAUAAAGGAAUCGGACAUAUGAGAAGUAAAUUAAAAAGUUACUUGAGUGUCAACAAGGUCAAAACAGACUCUUUGCGAGCGGAAGUAAACAAAGUAAAACAAUUUUCGAAUCAAUUGAAUCGCAAUGAUAAAUUUGGAAUAAUCGAUAUAAUCGAAUCGACAAAGCUCAACAAUGAACAUGCGGAUUCAAAAUUGAAGUUGUGGGUUAAGGAAAUCGUUCAAUCGUAUGUUAUUCCUGAAUUAAUCAAAUCGGGUGUAGAUUGGACUAAAGAAUCUGAAAGAGCUUUUCAUGAGUUGAUUCCUGGUCCGCGGAACUGGAAGCUUAAUCAUGGUCCUUUUUUUCCUGAUAAUUUGAUCAAAUUAACUUACGACGUAAUCAAAGAACAAAUUUUCCACCGAAAUGUAUGUAGAGCUUCAUCUUGUUACUGUGGACACAACAAUCUCUUUAAAAAAUUUUACGUUCUCAAAACUGAAUGUGAACUUUCACAAAAUAAUCUGGAUUAUUUUCUCGAUUGCUCAUCAAUCGCUGGUGGUGAUGUAACUCUAAUGAUUGAAACUGGUAAACGAGCUCUUAAUCAGUCUGAUUUUCUCGUCGCUCGAGUUUGUUGUGAAGAAGCUCAUCGAAUCAGUCCGAACAAUUGGAUUGUUCUUGACACUUUAAUGGGUCUUUAUUUCGUUCUAGAUGACUUCAGUAAUUGUUUAAAACUUGCGAUCAAAGGUUUGACUGCAGAUUGUAAUUACUUCAAAGCUCGUGUUUUAAUAGAAGUGAUUUUGAAAUCUUUACCAACUUUAAAAUCAGAAAUACCUGUUGGUCUUGAUUAUCUACUCGAUUGUAGGGCCGCAAGUGAUAAAACGAGAAGAACGAAAAUUUUAGACGAACUCAAGAAGAUGAAACAACUUCGUGAUAAACAAAAGAAGACUGAAACGCAACAAGAAAAUGUUCGAAAAUCUUUGCAAUCAGACCUCAACACCGAAACGAUGUCGUUAGAAUCCUUAAUUUCAGCUCUAAUAACUGUUAACAGGGGAAUGGAAAAACAAAGACUCAAUCUUAGUACAUCGAAAAUCACUGGCAAUCCUCUUUCUAAUCUUCGCCCUUCUUCCAAAGAAAAGCAAAAUAAUAAACGAAAGUGCCAAGGUCAUGAUCCACCAGCAAAACGAGAUAAAAAGAUCGAUGAAACAAUCGAUGAAAUCGAUGAAACAGUUGAAAUUAUGUUCCAAAGGAUUUUCUAUAUGCUCCCAGAAAGUAUUUCAACUCCUGAAAUAGUCCAAGAAGAUGAGUUACAGAUGGAAACACAGAACGAAGCUCAAGUAGAAAAUCUAAUUCUCACCCAAUUCCUCUCGAAACAAAAGUCGUCUGUCUCAAAAGGAAAACAAAUCCAUCUACUCAUUCCUGAUCUUCUCUAUGAGAUAGCAAGCGAAGCCACCACAGUCAGAUUACCUUCUAAUUUCAUGGAUCUGUAUGGAAUUCAUCGAAAAUGGAAAAAGUUACCGACGCCUUUAACGUGCUCUGUUGAAGAUAUAAGUGUUGACACAACAAACUUGAUUUUAAUUGCCAAUGAAGUUCAAUUCGAUGAAACCGAAGCAAUAUUUUUGACUGAAUCAAUUCCAUAUCUACGAGAUUUGAUGAGUCCAAACGAUUAUGAUAAAUUUUUCAUUCGUCUUUUGAUUCUUCGAGGAAUCAAAGAAUCCAAAGUUGAUUAUCUUCUAAUGGCAAAUGAAAUUCUCACCAAAACUAACCUGAAAUCAGUUCAAGCAGCAAAUCAAACUGUGUAUACCUCUUCUAGUCUUAGAUCAAUGAUAAACAAUAUGAAUGAAAAUAAUUUUGACACUUUAUUGGAUCAACAUCGACACGAAGAAAUUGUUGAACUAUUAGCAUCUAAAUCUGAGCUCUCUAAACAAGAAGAAAAGUAUUUUUGUCAAGCGAUUCGGUCAUCACAACAAUGGAAACGUGGAAUCGAAAUACUUUCUCAAAGUAAUCAAUACACUCAUCAAAUGCUAAAUCUAUUACGAUCUUGUUUAAAGAAUGGAGAACUAUCAAUUAAUCGAGAAUUGGCCAUUAAGCUGUUAAAAUUAGGGACCGAAGAUUACAAUGCAAUAGCCUGGACUUGUAUUCUACAAGUAUUCAUAAACGAGAUGCGACUUGGUAAUACGGGUGAAGAAAAAGUUGUUGAUUUGAUUGAUUCAGUUCACUUUUAUCUAGGGGAUAAUGGAGCUUGUUAUCAUUCCAAUGGAAAGUUUUUAUCCCUAUCACUUGAUUUCUUGGUCAAUAAAUCAAAUAUCAAGAGAGAGAAAUUAAUCCUCAACUGUCUUGGCUGUUUUUACAAGAGGUUAAAAUGUAGCUUACUGUCGGCUCAUCAAGGAGCGGGGCUUAAUUUACGUUGGAAGGACGUUGAUAUUAUUUACAAUUUUUUUAUUCCUAAGACUUUGCCAACUUUUACUAGUGAAAUAAGUAAAUCAAUUGAUUUGAAUACUGCCAAGUUGUUAUGCAACUUACUUCCCUUGAUUCCUGACAAUUUAAAUCCUGAAAGAUUUUCCAAUUCUGUCAAAGAAUAUGUCGAUCAUGGGAAACCAAUUGAGCCGUCAUCAAGUAUUCCAAAAGAUCAUGUUACUCGAGAUCUUUACUAUUAUCUAGCUGAUUAUUACUUGAAAAACGAAGAGUUUAAAAAAGCCGUACAAUUCUACUUUCUCGAUCUAACUUUAAAUCUCAAUCGAAUUGAUUCAUGGGCUGGUUGUGCUCUCGCAAUAACAAGUCAAAUUGAUCAAUAUUUUUCGACUAACUGUCACGUUAUCUACUCAUCUAUGAAAAGGGUGUUUUUUAUGGGGGGAAGAGUAUGUAAAUUGUUUAAUAAAGCGAUCGGGUUGAGAGAGCGAAUCCAAGGUAUGGUUCGAAUAUGGAAAGUGCGCUUAUAACAUCGCGAGUUAUAUUUCACAAGCCAUGAAAUUUGGACCAGUUUUGGAGAAUUCACAAAAAGAAGAAAUUAAAAAACAACGAAAGCGGUUCUUGGACCAAGCUCGAGCUUGCUUUGAAUCAGCUAACAAAUUUGCUAAUGUUGACAAAAUUUGGCUAAAUUAUUAUUUCUUAGGAAAAAUCGCUGAGAGAAGUGACAUCUCAGAGGCACUUCGUUAUUACGAAUUAUCUUUGUCACAUUUUGUCUCAAGUGAAGCAGCUUCUGGAAUUAAUGUUCCAAUUCUAUUCAAUAUCGUUUUGGCAUCGAAAUUCACUAUCGUAUUCAUGCUUAUGCCCUCAAGUAUAAUCAAAGAGAUAAAACUCUAUCAUCGAAAAUACUGGAGGUUCUAACUCGUGCAGAAAAAAGCAUUACUUUCUUCGUUUCUGAGUCAAGAAAUGGUAAAACCAUUGAUGAUACCGAAACGGAAUUUCUGAUUUGGCUACUGUGGAAAGUGAAGACCAACGAUUAAAUCGAAAAAUCGUUAAUCUGUGUCGUGAAGCGAUGCUCAGAAUAUUAAAAUGUUCUCCCAGCCAUUACAAAGCUCUUUAUCGAAUGGCUCAUAUUUAUUAUCUUUCUAAUGAUUUUCUAAACUCUCGAAAGAUACUCACCGAACCAUUUGAACCACCAACUUAUCCACCAAGUUCUACUACUUCCGAAAUUGGGAUAAUUCAACUGAAACAGAAAAUUUCUCUCGAUUCAAAAUGUUUUCGAUCCAACUAAAUGUGAAUAUUACAUAUUCCCUGGAAUCCAGAAGACAUCAAACAACUUUAUCGAAAGACCAGGAAGUUUCUUUUCUCACAUUCGUCGAUCGACAGAUUUAUUGAUUGAUGUGAAUAAGAGUUUAGGUGAUGCUAAACAAUUAUUGAGAAUCGCAAUACUUUUGAGCUCAUCAGAGUUUAAUAGCGAAGGAUAUCUUUGUGAAACCGAUCGUGAAAAUCUUGGGAAAAAAGCAUUGGAACAUUAUUUUAGUAUUUACGAAAGUCGAGUUUGGGAAGCGAAAGGAAAUCAUAACAAUUUAAAGUCGAUUGAAGCUGAAUUAAGGCAAAUGUGCAACAAAUUGAUGGAAUAUCCUUUCUACGAACAUUCUACUAAACAAUUCCUCAAAAUCUAUUAUUGUUAAUCAAUUAUUUAUUAAUCUUUAAUGAUUAAAAUCUUUCGUAACAAAGGUUCCUAAACUUGCAAAAAUCUUUUCCGAUUUGAACGAAACUGAUAUUUUUGUAAUUUGACAACUAUUAAUAUUAAUACUUUUGUGAAUGCGAAAAAUAUUUUUAUGUAUUUUGAUUAUGAAUGGGAUAAUUUGAAUAAAUUUGGAUCAUUUCUGUUUACCAA